AUGCUGGGAACUUUUGCCACUGAGAUGUCAGAUUCAUGGUUUGAAGCUUUAAACUUGAUAGCAUGCAUGGCUAUGUGGCUCUCUAAACACGCGGCAUGGGUUGCCGGCAAAGAUGACGUGAAAGAGUACGAAGCCAAAGAAUGUUUAACUUGCCUCCGUCGAGCAGCAGGAAUGUUUUCUUAUGUCGGCACGCACAUCGGUCGUUUGUCUGGCACAGGAGACUUUGAAGGUGCCGAUUUCGAUCCGAAAGUAGGAAGGGCUUAUGAACAGCAGGUGCACACAUCAGUUUCAUUGCUUGUUUUUCAUCUUAGUACAGUUAUAUUUGCCUCUUUUGUAAGGUUCUUUUAUUUACCUACUUUUCUUUGGAAUUCUUUAGAAAAUGCAUUAUUAGCCUUUUAA